AUGAAUAUCUUGGUUGUUUUUGGGGCAACCGGCCAACAAGGUGGUUCUGUCAUCUCCCAAGUUCUUCAGGACAGUAAUUUAGCCAAAAAGUUCAAGAUUCGAGCAGUUACCAGAGAUGCCUCAAAAUCAAAAGCUAAGGCUCUUCAACUGAAGGGGAUAGAAAUCGUCACGGCUAACUUUAAUGAUGAAAGUUCCAUGAUACAAGCCAUGAAAGGCGCGCACACGAUUUUCGCAACUACCGUUACGGAACGCCUGAAAGACGGGAAAGAGCUUGAAAUCGAACAAGGAAAAAAGCUUGCAGACGCAGCUAUUAAAGUUGCUGCUCAAUAUUUGAUAUGGAGCUCAUCAACAAACGUAAGCGAAAUCACCAAGGGUAAACUUCGUCAUGUCUCUCCCUUCGAUGCGAAAGCAAUUGUUGAAGAGUACAUAACAGGAUUACCUAUCAAAAGUGCAUUCUACAUACCAGGAUCAUUCAUGCAAAACUUCCUAGAAAAUAUGUCUCCCAAACCUCUCGGUGAUGGUACUUACGGCAUUUUUGGGAUUGGGGAAAGUGAUGUACAGGUCCCACUUAUUGACAUCGCUGCAGACACCGGUAAGUUUAUCGCACCGAUUCUUCUGGACCCUGAAAAGUUCGAGGGUAAAAAAAUUGCAGCAUACGAUCGGAUGUACACGCUAGAAGAAACUGCAAAUAUUAUGUGCAAGAUGAGUGGUAAGACAGUUAAAUACGUAAAAGUUGAUGAAGAAACCUAUAAGUCAUUUCUUCCUCCUCUGUUUGCUUUGGCAAUUGUCGAAAUGCUCAAAUACGUUAAAGGUUAUGGGUACUAUGGAAGUAAGUCUUUUUCGACUGAAAUGGUGACUCAGCUGGCGAGUGAGAAGCCUGUUAGUUUGGAGGAGUUCCUAGCCAAGCACCCGCUCAAACUUGAGUAG